ACUCGCCGCCGCCAACUUCGGCCGGGAGUCGCCCUCGGAGCCUCCGAUCCCGCAGCCCAGCGCCGCCGGGGAGGGCAGCGCCGGGAGCCGCCCCCCGCUCCCCUCUCGCCGCCGGCGGGGGCUCAGCGCGGCGCGGGGGCCGCGGCCCCCGGGGCAGGUGCGUCCCCAAGCGGUCUCCGGCCGCCGCGGCGGGGGGCGCGGGGCCCCGUGCCCGCCGCGGGCACCCGCUCACCUGCCGUCGCCGCCCGGGGACACGGCGCCGGGGAGAUGCAGGGCGCCCCGUGUCGGCGGCCGCCUCCGCGGGGGCUGCCCCAGCGCCGCCGCCGCCCGCAGCCCACCAUGACGGGGCCGAGGCUGGCGCUCGCCGCCGCGCUUCUCUGCAGCUGCACCUCGCCGGUGGCCGACGCCAACUCCUGGUGGUCUUUGGCCAUGAACCCCAUCCAGAGGCCGGAGAUGUACAUCAUCGGCGCGCAGCCCGUGUGCAGCCAGCUGCCGGGGCUGUCCCCGGGGCAGCGCAAGCUGUGCCAGCUCUACCAGGAGCACAUGGUGUUCAUCGGCGAAGGGGCCCGCAGUGCCAUCAAGGAGUGCCAGUACCAGUUCCGGCAGCGCAGGUGGAACUGCAGCACGGUGGACAACACGUCCGUCUUCGGCCGGGUCAUGAAAAUAGGUAGCCGAGAGACCGCUUUCACCUACGCCGUCAGCGCCGCCGGGGUGGUGAACGCCAUCAGCCGUGCCUGCCGUGAGGGAGAGCUGUCCAGCUGUGGCUGCAGCCGCACGGCCCGGCCCAAGGACUUGCCCCGAGACUGGCUGUGGGGCGGCUGUGGGGAUAAUGUGGAGUACGGGUACCGUUUCGCCAAGGAGUUUGUGGAUGCCAAGGAGAGGGAGAAGAACUACGUGAGAGGCUCCGAGGAGCAGGCUCGCAUGCUGAUGAACCUGCAGAACAACGAGGCUGGGCGCAGGGCCGUGUACAAGCUGGCGGACGUGGCCUGCAAGUGCCACGGCGUGUCGGGCUCCUGCAGCCUCAAGACGUGCUGGCUGCAGCUGGCAGACUUCCGCAAGGUGGGCGACCUGCUGAAGGAGAAGUACGACAGCGCGGCCGCCAUGCGGAUCAGUCGCAAGGGCAAGCUGGAGCUCGUGAACAACCGCUUCAACAUGCCCACGCAGGAGGACCUGGUCUACGUCGACCCCAGCCCGGACUAUUGCCUGCGCAAUGAGACCACCGGCUCGCUGGGCACGCAGGGCCGCCUGUGCAACAAGACCUCAGAGGGCAUGGAUGGGUGUGAGCUGAUGUGCUGUGGACGGGGCUACGACCAAUUCAAGAGCGUUCAGGUGGAGCGUUGCCACUGCAAGUUCCAUUGGUGCUGUUACGUCAAGUGUAAAAAGUGCACAGAGAUCGUUGACCAGUACGUCUGUAAAUGAAAAGAGCCGCCAAAGCAACAAAUCUAUAUUAUAUAAAUCUAUAUAAAUAUAUUUUAUAUUUGUAUAAAUAAACAGAUGAUGAUAAUAAUUAAAGAAGCUUAUUUAAGAGACAUUUUGGUUUUGAGAUUUCCCCCGUCAAGCUGGCUGCUUUGUCAUCCCUCCCCUUCUGCUGGGGAGUUUGUGUGUGCAUCUGCCCUCGGAGGCUCCGGGCGAAGAUGCCACAGAGGUGCUGACAGAGUGAACCCCCUGCACACACACACACACACACACACACACACACACACACACACCCCAUUUCACGACAGAAACCAAAUCGGCAGCAAGGAGAAGGGUGGGUGCUCCCUGCCAUCUCAGCAUUGCAUCUCAGCGCGUUGCAUUGUUCCUGGACACCUGAAAUUACAGCCAGGCGUGGCAGAGUCCUGGUUGUCCAAGUGUCAAGCCCUGCCACCCCACUAAACCCCAGCGGGGAUUUUGGAACCAAUUCUUGAUCCCUCUAAAGGGUUUUGUCACGUGAAAGGGAAAGUUAGCCAAGGCUCAUGCACAAGAACACAGCUUAAACUCCACAGUCGUGUAAAGCAUUCCUGGAGCCUGCAAAGCCCACAACAUGGCAGUGGAAGGUCUGCAUGCUGCUGUGAGGAGGGAACGUGAGACCUGUGGCUGGGAUUCCAAGUGAAGCCAGCACCCAGCUUCUCCACGCCGCCAGGACACCCAGCUCAGUCUACGUGGCAGCACACAAGAGAGAGAACUUCUCCUUUUAAUUCCGCGCUGAAACUUGUCAUUGUAGAAGAGAAGUUGCCAAUGCCAGGGACGUUUGCAAAGGAGAUAUACUUCAUAUUCUGCCAGAAGUUUUGCGCACACAACUGCAUAAGCACUCCUGAUGCCACUGCCAUCUUUCCUCUUUGGAGUGGGUGCAGGUGGUCACCUUGCUUGGCUCUGUUGAAUCCUCCUCACCACCGUCUCAGAUGUAUAGUUUCUCUUUAAUAUUAAACACCCCUCAAUGAAA